CCCAUAGCUUCAUAUUUUUUAUAACCAUGGAAUCAAGGUUAUAGUUUCAAGCGAGAAGGAUUUUGAGAGAGGGAUUUUUAAGAAAACUAUUAUUGCAGAACCUGAGGGGGAAAAAAACAAAACAUUCUAUAGCUUGGAUCCCCUUGUAGCUGCAACUGCUAUACAAAAAACAUUCAUGCAAAAUCUAAAUGAACGGCUUACCUAAAGGACGUGAAAAUCUGAGAAAUGAACAAAUUACGGCAAAGCUUUAGGAGAAAGAAAGAUGUCUAUGUCCCAGAGGCCAGCAGGCCCCAUCAGUGGCAGACUGAUGAAGAAGGCGUUCGUACUGGCAAGUGUAGUUUUCCUGUUAAGUACUUGGGACAUGUCGAAGUGGAUGAAUCCAGAGGAAUGCAUAUCUGUGAAGAUGCUGUGAAGAGGCUGAAAUCUCUACCUACAGUAAUAGCGCUCGACUUGUCCCCCCUGUUCCUCCAGGAAAGGAAGUUCUUCAAAGGCUUCUUUGGAAAAUCUGGGAAGAAGGCCGUCAAAGCAGUCCUGUGGGUUUCGGCAGAUGGACUCAGAGUUGUAGACGAGAAAACAAAGGAUCUUAUAGUUGAUCAGACAAUAGAGAAAGUUUCUUUCUGCGCACCAGACAGGAACUUUGACCGGGCGUUCUCAUACAUCUGUCGAGAUGGCACAACGAGACGCUGGAUAUGCCACUGCUUUAUGGCUGUGAAGGACACGGGGGAAAGGUUGAGUCAUGCCGUGGGCUGUGCAUUUGCAGCAUGCCUGGAGCGAAAGCAGAAGCGAGAGAAGGAGUGUGGAGUGACUGCCACCUUUGAUGCCAGCAGAACCACAUUCACUAGAGAGGGGUCAUUCAGGGUCACUACAGCUACUGAACAAGCAGAGAGAGAGGAAAUUAUGAGACAGAUGCCGGAUGCUAAAGCAGUUGAAACAGAAGUGAAAACAGUAGCACCAGGUGCUGCACCAAACAAUACUGCCCCCUCUUCUGGCUCACCAACCUCUCCUACUGCUGAAGUUGCUUCCUCUCUGGAUAAAGAAAUGAGCAAUCCCCACGCUAUCCCACGGAGACAUGCCCCUAUAGAGCAGCUUGCCAGGCAAGGGUCUUUCAGGGGCUUCCCUGCCCUUAGCCAAAAGAUGUCUCCUUUUAAACGCCAGUUGUCUUUGCGAAUAAAUGAGCUGCCUUCAACAGUGCAAAGGAAGACCGAUUUCCCCAUGAAAAACUCAGUCCCUGAGGUAGAAGGGGAAACAGACAGCAUUAGUGCCCUGUGCUCUCAGAUCACCAGUGCUUUCAGCACACCCUCAGAAGACCCUUUCUCUUCGGCCCCCAUGACAAAACCAGUGACAGUAGUCGCACCACAGUCUCCUGCCUUUCAAGUUAAUGGCACUGCCUCUGCCUUCUGUGUGCUUGCUGCUAAACCAUCCCAAGCUGCUGUAGUGUCCACAGCUAUGCCAGUUCGUGAAACCAAUCCUUGGGCUCAUGCUCCUGCUGCUAAUACUGGAGCUGCAGCCGUGGUCACUGGCACUGAAUGGAGCAGCACCUCCUCAGGUGCAGCCUCACCAAGUCUCUUCCAAGGAAAUCACAGACGUACUCCCUCAGAGGCAGACCGCUGGUUGGAAGAGGUCUCAAAGACUGUGAGAGCCCAACAGCAGCCAACCUCAGCCCCAGCCCCACAGCCACUGCUCCAGCCUCCUCCAGCAGCUCCAGCUUCCCAGUCAGCACCAGCCUUCCCAGUCAGCACCUUCAUCGCACCUCAGCCUGUGCCGGUGGGUGUGGUACCGCCCAUGCAGCCAGCAUUUAUUCCAGCUCAGCCCUAUGCUGUAGCAAAUGGGAUGACCUAUACAGCCCCAAGCGUCCCUGUGGUUGGAAUCACACCUUCCCAGAUGGUAGCCAACGUCUUUGGUACUGCAAGCCACACUCCAGCAGCCCACCCGCAUCAGUCUCCCAGUCUUGUCAAACAGCAGACGCUCCCGCAGUACGAAAGCAGCAGCAGCGCCACAGCCAGUCCUUUCUUCAACCCCCCCGCGCAGCACAACGGCUCCGCAGCUUUCAACGGAGUCGACGGAGGGAAAUGGGCUGCCGAGGACAAGCAUUCCCAGCCCCCCGUGGCUGCUCCACAGGUAGACGCAUUUGAAGCACAGUGGGCAGCACUAGAGAGCAAGGCAAAACAGCGCACUAAUCCCUCCCCAACUAACCCCUUCUCGAGCGAUUUACAGAAGACAUUUGAGAUUGAACUUUAAGCAGUCCUAUGGGGGAGAUGGAUAAAUUGUACAUUAGGAUAGAGGGAUAAAGGGAGCAAAGGGGACUGUUUCUGAUCAGUUUGCUUUGAUAAUCCCAAAGGUCCCUUAAAACAAAUAUGGGUUAGAAAGAGGGAGCAUUAUGGGGAGGACAUAAACAUACAGAGAAUUUAAUGUGCAGUUCUUAAAAAGAAUCCUGGAGUCACCCCAGUCUGCAUUCCCUCCUCACUUGGAAAGCUGGAAGUUGAAUGGAGGAAAUAAAGGCACCCAGUCCCAAAGCCUGUUCUGCAGAAACAUCAAUCAUCUCACACAGAAAGGAAGGCAGAUUUUUGUACCUGUGUCCUUCUGAUGCCCUGCAAGUCCUGGAUGUUCCCCCUCAGGGAAAAAUGGGGUAGGGUGGGGGGGUGGAUAUGGAUGGGAUGUUGUCACCUUAGCAAAAGCUAGGUUUGUGGAAAAAGUUGAGCUUCCAUUUUGAGUAACAAAGUGAAUAUUAUAUGUAAAGAAUAAAGUAAAGCCAAAAUCUUUAUUUUUAUGCAUUUAGAAUAUUUUAAAUAGUUGGAUAUUAAAAGCUGUAUGAGUUGUAAGUAAUCUUGCCAAAGGUUAAAAAAAUGGGGGUUGGAUGUAAGAAAUUGUACAUAAGAUUGAUUUAUCUCUGAUUCUUAUUGUAAGUAAUAUUGGGGGGGUGGAAAAAGGGGCUCUAGCUUGUUCUUGUAUCUGUUCAUUGUAAGUAGCAUAUUGCAACAACAAUCACAACCAAUAAGUCAUUAUAUCGUAGUUUUAAACAAAGAAAAUUAAAGAACAGUAUUGUCAUGGUUCAAAAACCAUGGGGAAAACUUACUGUUUUUUAUUGGAAUCAGUCUACAUAUUCUAUAUAGUAUGGUUUUUUCCUUUCAUAUAUUGCUGCAGUUUCUUUGUCUUAAUCUCUUGGUUCUAACACUACUGUGACAACUUACUGUAAUCAUAUCUAUAUCCUGGGACUGCCUGGGAAACCAUUUUAUGUUUGUCUGUCAAUAGUUCUUAGCAGUUUUUAACUUUGGUUUUGUUUUUUCCCACUGAUUUGUGAAACCUUGUGGUUAAGGCUGCAGCUGGUCCAGGUUCUGCCUCUGGUGACUUGUGAAAACCAUCUCAUUUUAACUUUACUUUUAAACUUUGGCCUUACAAGCAAAUGUAAGUUAUAUAUAUUUGUACUGAUGAUUUAUAAUCUGCUUUAACAGAAAUAAAUGUUGGUGGUAGAA